CCGACGAUACCUUUGACAUCGACAUUCUUUCAUAGCAUCUACCAACAUGGCAGGGCCAAAGAAAACAGUUACUGCUUCAUCGCAAAGUCCAGUCUCUGCUAUCACUUCUGCUGGUCAAGAUCUCGUCAAGUCCUACGUCGACAACACCCCUAAGCGAGUAAAGAUCAUCGAUACAUUCCUCCUCUUCAUCAUGCUCUCGGGUGUUGCCCAGUUCGUCUAUUGCGCACUGGUCACAAACUUCCCGUUCAACGCUUUUCUGGCUGGGUUCGGCAGCACAAUAGGACAAUUCGUACUCACCGCCGCCUUCCGUGCCCAAGUCAACCCGUCAACACGGUCGGAAUUCACAAUCAUUUCCCCAGAAAGAGCGUUCGCAGACUUCUGCAUUGGUUCGAUCAUCCUGCAUUUCUUUGUAUACAACUUUCUCGGUUAAAUUCAAGCAUGGAAGACUUAGAGACGCUAAAAAGCCUUGUGCAGAGUAGCAUGAGAGGCGAGCGGUGGAUGAAGGAUACCCCUAAGGCAGGUCUCAGGAGGAGGGAACGUGCUGAGCUGUUGAUACGGGCCAACUGCAGUCCAGGAGAGCAAAAGGACACUACUGUAUGCAAGUGUCAG